GAGCCAGAGUCUGGCCAGAGUUGACUGGAGCUGUUGCCAUGACAAGCAUUUUCUUAAGAAAGCUCUGCUCUUGAAACCAUCUAAAGCUGGGGGUUGAAGGAGGGCACGAACUUCCUGGGGAACCAUCCCUCCGAGGAGAGUAAGGCCAGAGAUACCCACCCGGCUCCCCUGCACCCUUUCCUUCCAGGAACCUGAGAGGUCCUUCCCUUUGGGAGGGCCGGGGGAGGAGACCCAGCCCACUCCCUGGUCGUGGCUGGAAAGGCAGAAGAGACCAGCCGGCGUCUCCGGCGUGGUUGCAACACUGGGGAGACCGGUGGGUGGUCACCCCCACCCUACCCCUGUCCAUGGAAAGCCGGAGGGAGAGUCCCGCGUGGAGAAGCCUGGAUCUGUGCUAGAAAGAGAGAGAUCCAGUUGUCAUCGGUAUCCAGGGAGCCCUCCUCUUCCUUCUCCUCCUGCUGCCUCUCUACCACUGCAGUUGCUGGUUGUUGCUAAGGUUGCCUCCAUGGUAACAUGCACAUCCUGUUUACACCUCCAGCUGGGCAAGUUGGUCUAAGCUAGGAACCUACAUACCCUGGACAACCACUUCCAUCACCACCUGGGGACACCAAUCAUCGUGACACGUGGUCCGGCUUCCACUCAGUUCCCCCAUCCUCUUCCUCUUCUAGCUGCCAAGCUUCAUACACAAAAAAGGGUCUGGGCUACAGGCUGCUACUCUGAAGCUUAUUGCACAAGACAUAGUCAAUCUAUUUCCCAUCUGGGCUCCCAGAGAAGCAAGAAGAAAGAAGAAGUGAGGCGGAGAGGCAAGAGAUCCUGAUCAGUGGAAGUGAGAUUUCACAUUUUCUCUGGUUGAGGGGCUUGGUAACAGCAGGCAAAAUGACGAACCCAACAGAACACACCUUGCCGGCCAACUCAAUAACUGAGAGCCAUGAAGGGGAAUUUGGCUGCACAGUAAUGGACCUGAGGAAGCUCAUGGAGCUGCGUUCAGCUGAUGCAAUAAACCAGAUCAAUGUCCACUAUGGAGGAGUAAUGAAUCUCUGCAGUAGGCUGAAAACCAACCCUGUGGAAGGCCUAUCUGGGAACCCUGCAGAUCUGGAGAAACGUAAACAAGUGUUUGGACAGAACUUGAUUCCCCCCAAAAAGCCCAAGACCUUCUUAGAAUUAGUGUGGGAAGCCCUUCAAGAUGUCACACUCAUCAUCCUGGAGAUUGCAGCCAUCAUCUCCCUGGUCCUGUCCUUCUAUCGCCCCCCUGGGGAAGAAAAUGAACAGUGUGGUCUAGCCGUAAGUAGCCCAGAAGAUGAAGGGGAGGCAGAAGCUGGCUGGAUUGAGGGGGCAGCCAUCUUAUUCUCAGUGAUCAUAGUGGUGCUAGUAACUGCCUUCAAUGAUUGGAGCAAAGAGAAGCAAUUUCGGGGACUGCAGAACCGCAUUGAAAAGGAACAGAAGUUCUCCGUUAUCCGAAAUGGUCACAUCAUCCAGCUCCCUGUGGCUGAGAUCGUGGUGGGUGACAUUGCCCAAAUCAAAUACGGUGACCUGCUGCCUGCAGAUGGCAUCCUGAUCCAGGGCAAUGAUCUCAAGAUUGACGAGAGCUCUCUGACUGGGGAAUCAGACCAUGUCAAGAAGUCCCUGGAAAGAGACCCCAUGUUGCUCUCAGGGACCCAUGUCAUGGAAGGUUCUGGCCGAAUGGUAGUGACUGCUGUGGGUAUCAACUCUCAGACUGGAAUCAUCUUUACCCUCUUGGGGGCCAGUGAGGGAGAAGAGGAAGAGAAGAAGAAGAAAGGUAAAAAACAAGGAGUCCCUGAAAAUCGCAACAAAGCAAAGACUCAGGAUGGAGUGGCCUUGGAAAUCCAGCCGCUCAACAGCCAGGAGGGGAUCGACAAUGAGGAAAAGGAGAAAAAGGCAGCCAAGCUGCCGAAAAAGGAGAAGUCGGUGCUGCAGGGCAAGCUGACGCGCUUGGCGGUUCAGAUUGGGAAAGCUGGUCUGAUCAUGUCUGCAAUCACAGUUCUCAUCCUGAUUCUGUACUUUGUGAUCGACAACUUUGUGAUACAGCGCAGACCGUGGCUGGCUGAGUGUACUCCCAUCUACGUCCAGUACUUUGUCAAGUUCUUCAUCAUUGGCAUCACGGUGCUGGUGGUGGCUGUGCCAGAGGGGCUGCCGCUGGCAGUCACCAUUUCACUGGCUUACUCUGUGAAGAAAAUGAUGAAGGACAAUAACCUAGUACGGCACUUGGAUGCUUGUGAGACAAUGGGCAACGCCACAGCCAUUUGCUCUGAUAAGACAGGCACGCUGACCAUGAACCGCAUGACGGUGGUGCAGGCUUAUAUCGGAGAAGCCCGCUACCAUCAGAUCCCAAGCCCCGAUGUCCUCGUGCCCAAGGUCCUGGACCUUAUUGUCAAUGGUAUUUCUAUCAACAGUGCCUACACCUCCAAGAUUCUGCCUCCGGAGAAGGAGGGCGGCCUCCCGCGGCAGGUGGGCAACAAGACCGAGUGUGCCCUGCUGGGCUUCGUCACGGACCUGAAGCAGGAUUACCACGCCGUGCGUAGUGAGGUGCCCGAGGAGAAGCUCUACAAGGUGUACACUUUCAACUCUGUGCGCAAGUCCAUGAGCACCGUCAUCGAGAAGCCCAGCGGCGGCUACCGCAUGUACAGCAAGGGUGCUUCGGAGAUCAUCUUGCGCAAGUGUAAUCGAAUCCUGGACAAGAAAGGGGAAGCAGUGCCAUUCAAGAGUAAGGACCGAGAUGAGAUGGUCCGCACCGUCAUUGAGCCAAUGGCCUGUGAGGGACUCCGGACUAUCUGCAUAGCUUACCGGGAUUUCAAUGAUGGGGAGCCCCCUUGGGACAACGAGAGCGAAAUCCUCACUGAACUGACCUGUAUCGCAGUGGUGGGCAUUGAGGACCCUGUGCGCCCAGAGGUACCAGAAGCUAUUGCCAAAUGCAAACGAGCUGGCAUUACUGUCAGAAUGGUGACAGGUGACAACAUCAACACAGCCCGGGCCAUCGCCACCAAAUGUGGCAUUGUGACACCUGGGGAUGACUUUCUGUGCUUAGAAGGCAAAGAAUUCAAUCGACUCAUCCGAAACGAGAAGGGCGAGGUAGAGCAAGAAAAGCUGGACAAGAUCUGGCCUAAGCUCCGAGUGCUGGCGCGAUCUUCUCCCACUGACAAGCACACACUGGUGAAAGGCAUUAUUGACAGCACGGUUGGAGAACAGCGACAGGUGGUGGCUGUCACCGGUGAUGGCACAAAUGAUGGGCCGGCUCUGAAGAAAGCAGACGUUGGUUUUGCCAUGGGUAUCGCAGGUACAGAUGUGGCAAAGGAGGCCUCUGACAUCAUCCUAACAGAUGACAACUUCACCAGCAUCGUGAAGGCAGUGAUGUGGGGACGAAACGUCUACGACAGCAUCUCCAAGUUCCUGCAGUUCCAGCUCACUGUCAACGUGGUGGCUGUGAUUGUGGCCUUCACGGGAGCCUGUAUCACCCAGGAUUCCCCACUGAAGGCCGUGCAGAUGUUGUGGGUGAACCUAAUCAUGGACACCUUUGCCUCACUCGCCCUGGCCACAGAGCCUCCUACAGACUCUCUGUUGAAGCGCCGACCCUACGGCCGAAAUAAGCCUCUGAUCUCACGCACGAUGAUGAAGAGCAUCCUGGGCCACGCCGUCUAUCAGCUCACCGUCAUCUUUCUCCUCGUCUUUGCCGGUGAGAAACUCUUCGACAUUGAUAGUGGGAGGAGAGCACCUCUGCAUUCACCACCCAGCCAGCACUACACCAUUAUUUUCAACACCUUCGUGCUGAUGCAGCUCUUCAAUGAAAUCAAUUCCCGCAAGAUCCAUGGAGAGAGGAAUGUCUUUUCAGGCAUCUUCCGCAACCUCAUCUUCUGCUCUGUGGUCUUGGGCACAUUUGUCAGCCAGAUUAUCAUUGUGGAAUUUGGGGGAAAACCCUUCAGUUGUACGAGUCUCACCCUGUCCCAGUGGUUCUGGUGUCUCUUCAUUGGUAUUGGAGAACUGCUGUGGGGCCAGGUCAUCUCCACGAUACCCACCCAAUCCCUGAAGUUCCUGAAAGAGGCUGGGCAUGGCACCACCAAAGAGGAGAUCACCAAGGAUGCUGAGGGGCUGGACGAGAUUGACCAUGCAGAGAUGGAGCUGCGCCGAGGCCAGAUCCUCUGGUUCCGGGGCCUGAACCGCAUCCAGACUCAGAUCGACGUAAUUAAUACAUUCCAGACGGGAGCCUCUUUUAAGGGAGUCCUAAAGCGCCAGACCAUGGGUCAACACCUUGAUGUAAAACAUGUUCCUAGCUCAUCCUAUGUAACAGUGGCACCAGUCAAAUCUCCCCCCACCACUUCUGUUGCUGCUGCUGUUUCAUCUCCUACUCUGGGCAAUCAAAGUGGUCAAAGCAUUCCAUAGUUCCCUCCAUGAAAGCAUUCAGAAACCCAGGAACCAAAACUCCAUCCACAGCUUCAUGACCCACCCUGAAUUCGCCAUAGAUGAGGAGGGGCCACGAACACCACUCCUGGAUGAGCAAGAAGAGGAAACUUUUGAAAAGGUUUCUAAGCCUGGGACUAGGAUGCUCCUGUCGGAUGGUGAGGUCACUUCGCAAGCCAACAAAAACAACAAUGCAGUGGAUUGCUGCCAAGUACAAAUUGUUGCCUCCCACUCGGACAGCCCUCUACACAGCCUGGAGACAUCAGUUUGAACUUCAUUCUCUGACUCCCGUUCCUGCCUUCCCUAUUUCCCUUUUCAUCUACCCCGUCAAUAAGGUGAUGAUGGGACUCUUCACUGUCAUGUCAGCUGCUCCCAAGUAUGUGUGAACCCCCACCUGACCAUGAAGAGGCAAGAGCACAGACCUCAAGGAUUUCAACUGAAACUUGAGUUGGGGUUUGUAGCAGGACUCAGUUAAACCCCAGGCAAGUAACGAAUGGUAGAUCUACUCCUUGGGUAUAUCAGUUGUCAUUUUUAAAGAAAUGACAAGAAUCCUCUUGGCAUUUACCCCAACCCAAAUUCUCACCAGUAUUCAUACCUAUGUCACCAGUCUCCUCACUUCUGGAUUUUUGUCCUACGAAUCUGUGCUGUUUACAAGCUCAGUUAAAAGUUCAGAGCAACAGGUAUCCUCAAAUGAAAUGUGUUGAGGUAAGAAUGGAAGGUAUAGAAUCAGCCUAUAGAGUGAUUAUUUUAAAACAAUAUUUCCAUUUUGAAAACUUAUAGCUAAAGCCCUUUACCUCUUUCUGCCCUUCCAGUCAAACCUCCCCAUGGUUUCUUGGUCUUUUGUGAAUAUCGUCUUCCUUAGCUUCACUCUUUCUUUUUUUUUUUUUUUUUUUUUAAAGUCGUGAUGAUUAAGAAAAUGGAAAGGACAUGGAUGAGUUGAGUCAGCUUUGACCAUUCUCCCUUCUGGCCCCAAUGGAGAGUUCUAGAGGCAGAUAGGUUUCUUUGCUAACAGGGUCCUUUGGAAGCAGUUGAGAGCUGGUAAAAGUAUAUUCCUGUUGUGGCCAGGUUAUCUACUUCUGAACUGCCAUCUUAUCAGGUGUGUGUGGUUUCUAAGUGCCGGGGAGAUCAGCCUUAACCACGAAGCUUGCAUGUAUAUGAUUCGUAGUUUUUACCUAAAGCCUGAGCUUUCUCCUAUUCCUAAAGUGAUGACAAAGGGAUGAAUUAAGAAUGACCUUGCCUUCUAACUGGACUUGGAUAUUAAGGAACAGAAGCUGGCAGGUCUAGGACAAGACAGACCAUCAAAGCCAACCCUGUGGAGUCCUCCUUGGGGUGACAAUUAAUGCUUUCAAAGCCAUGCGCCAAGGAUCUUCCAGGGCAGGACCUGAUUGUUGGGGGAGUAUUAAGCAGCCUUGGGAGAGGCCAAAGUGCCAUUCCAGCAGGAUCUGAGAAAACCUUCCUCUGAGAAACCAGAAACCUUGAGCUUGGGCGGCUGGGGACCAGCUUUGACAUUCCCUUCAGUUUUCUCCUUCUACUCUCUGCCACGUCUCCUAACAUCCAGUCUCUAAAAAGGCCCCAGCCUUUCUCAGAUAUUCUGAUGUUGAAAAUAUGUAUCCAAAGUGGGAGGCUCCCGUGAUUUUGCUGACUUAAAGGAGCAAAAGACCCACCCUGAAAAGCUCCCUUCCUUCCUCCCUUCGUCUUGCACACCCCACUCAAGCCCCCUCCAGAAUGUGCUCAGUGCUGCACAGUUAAGCCCUGUGCCUUCUCUCCCUGAGCACUGCUCAAAACAUCCCCUUCCCACCCGGCUCUCGGGAGUCGCGAGUCGGGAGUGUGGGACUCGGCUAGGAGAUUUGUUAAGUGUUCCUUAAUGGGACAGGGUGGAGCCGCAAUUGCAGGAUCUCCAUUUCUAUCCCUGCCGUGCUGACGUAAGCUCUUCUGUGCAGGGGUCGGCUCCUGUCUGCUAAUUCCCAUCUCCCACUGGAUGAAUGAAGCCUGCCCCCUCUUUCUAGAAUGAUGGGAGCAGGGAGAAGGGGCUGUUAGGAACUGCCAGAUUUCCAUUUGGGACUCAGAUGACCUGAACCUAUCCUCUCCAGCCUUUUUUUCUGGGUCCCUCCUCCCUCACCCUUUCACCUGAGCUGUCCUAGGUCGGAAGACUAAAGAAACAAUACCCCCUGCACAUCCCCAUUACUACAUCAGCCACCAGAUCUGAUUUUGGUUUUGUAAAGGUUACAUGUUUCAGUGAUCUUUUCUCUGUCUUUAGUACUAAUGGGGGAAAAAAUAGCUCACCCAAGGUGUUAGGUGUUCACAUACAUAUUUAUUAAGUACAUUGGAAGAUUUAGUUGUGUCAAGUCUUUUUAUUACCUCAGAUCAGUUUUUAAAACAAACUUUGGAGGCUAUUUUAUCAUUCCUGCUCCCAAAAGAUUCUCAUGGUGCCUGACAGGUUACUCUUGAGGGCUUGUGUCUACUUGUUUAAGGUCAAUAGGGUUUUUUGUGUGUAUUCCAGUUUCCAUAGUAGGAGAGAAAAUAUAGAAAUAUUAUGCAAAAAAAUAUAGUUUUCUUUAGAUCAGAAACUGAUAUUUUUUGAGUCAGCCAUAUGUAUUUUGUUUAAAGGAUUUAAAAUAAAGUGCUGUCAUGUAACCCUAUGGAAGGGAGCACAUAACCAGCUGUUAAACGUGGCAGGUGACUUAUAGUAUAUUUGCAAUUGGUUUUAAAACCAAUGCACCAAACUUCCUUUCUCCAAACAGCCAUCUUUAUACUUAGGGGGAAAAAAGUUGUUGGGUUCUAGAAUUUUUUUAAUAUAAAUUUUGUUGAUAUGGAAUUGAGUAAGUUUAAGUGUUUAUGUGCCUAUAUUUUUUAUAUAAGUUUUUUCCUAUUCAGUUUCAGUUAUCCAACUGGCAGUGGAUAAAUAUGGCAUAAGUUAAUAAAGCUUUCCCCAGAAGUGGUGCUUUGGAUUUGAAAAGGGUCUGAUGGGGAAAAGGGGGAAAUAUUAUCCUAGAGUCCUCUCUUGAUAAAUCUAGAAAAAUGGGCAGUAGAUGAUGGAUGGGAAGGAAAAGGGGACAGCAGGUAGGAAAUGAGUGUACACCCCGAUGGAAACGGGUACCAGGAACUAGCGAUCAGAAUCAGGAACCUCAGAUAGAUUUAUAUUUCUUGAAGAACAACUGGCAGAGUGGCCCAAGACACUGGGCUGCAAGGAUGCUCUGAUUUGGGGUUUGCAUUUUUUAUGGUUCUUUCACCUCCUGUCGCCCCUGGAGUUUUCCACUAGCGAUUUUUUGUGCAAGGAUUUCAUUUGAGACGUCCCUCCCUCCUCUAGAAAAGUUUUAUGCAAUAUGUUAGAUGAGAGGCAGAGUUCUACGUGGGAAAAUACAGGCUGCUUCUAGCCCUGGGUGACAGUCUUGACUACAUCCUUCCCAUAGGUGUCCUCUGCCCUCUGAAAUGACUCUCCAUCUCUGAAGGUGGUAGAGAGAUCACCGAGAAAUCCCUCCGGCACUUGCGAGUUCUUUAGGGUUUGUGUUUCUUCUUCCCCUUGAGCGUCAGUGGGGAGCGCCUGCACAGUUAAAUCUGAGUGAUUAUCUCACUGCCAGAAACCAGAAGGGUGUGACAAGCUCACAUGCGCCCUGAAACCUCUAACCAUGUCACUUCCUUUUUUUCCUGCUUCCUCUGCCUAGUGAUUGAAGCAGCCCGUGAUGCCAUCACAAAGAGCAUACUUCCUCUUCCUUACUCUUCACAUCUGGGGAGCACGCCACUGCUGUGCUGGGGGUGGGGCACUUAUAAGUGUCUGUUCUUCUUAAGCCAUUCCAGGCUCCUCCUCAGAAUAGAUCAGACACCCUUCCAUAUAGCUCAGUGCCGUCCUUUACCUUCGCAGCCCUGCUGUUAGGCCUGCUCUCCCCUAUCCUCCUGAUUAGGAGGGAUGAAGGGAGGUGAGCUCUCCAUGACUGAGUUGGCCUCUGGUUCAUGUUUUCUCCCCAUAUGUAUAUAUGCCAUAUGUGACUAUGCCAUAUAUAUGUGCCAACAAAUCUACAUUGUUCUUUUCAAAUCAGCAGAUAGGAAUUUUGAGUUUCUUCUUUUUUUUUCAGUAACUAGUAUAACAGGCACUGGUAUUUUUGUAUAAAAGAAACAAAACAAAACAAAAGAUGGACUAUUGUGAUCUGCAUGACAUAAACAACUGAUGAUAUCAAAGCAGUGUGUACCCCAGUGUGUGUUGCCUUAACCUGCAGUUCAGCUCAGCAGUGCACCCACUCUGUAUUUGCAUUUUGAUAUUAUUUAAGCUCUCUGUACAAUGUUUUGCAUGUAUUUAUAGGGUUCUUAGGGAAAAAAUGCUAUAAGCUGACAAAUCUGAAAUUCAAACAUGUUGUUCCAUGAGACAAGAGGAAUAGAAAGGGAGUUUUAAAAGAAGGGGGAAAAAAAGGGAUCAUUUUUUUGGGAACCAAUAAAGCUGUCGCUGAUGAGCAGAAACCAAACUGUUGUGCACUGAGAAUAAAAACCCAUGCCCACUUG